CAGCUGUUGAUCAGAAUCUAAAAAUGAAGGGUUUAUGGGAGUUAAUGUUGUCAUUUAGUUUGGUUUUUCUGUGGUUUACUGCUAAAGCUUGCUCGCAGCCACUGCAGCAGCCCCAAGUGCCUUGUUUCUUCAUCUUCGGUGACUCGUUGGUGGAUAAUGGAAAUAACAACGGGAUGCUUACGCUUGCUAGAGCUAAUUACAGGCCCUAUGGAAUUGAUUUUCCAGAGGCUACCCCUGGCCGGUUUACUAACGGUCGAACUUACGUUGAUGCAUUAGCUCAACUUCUAGGAUUUCCAAAUUAUAUUCCGCCCUAUGCAAGGACUCGCGGCCCUGCACUGCUUAGGGGAGUGAACUAUGCAUCAGGAGCAGCUGGCAUCCGAGAUGAAACAGGAAAUAACCUGGGCGAUCACGUGUCGAUGAACCAACAGGUAGCAAACUUUGCGAAUACAAUCCUAGAGAUGAGGAGGCUCUUCAGGGGAGAUUCCAGUGCACUCAAUAGCUAUCUAAGCAAGUGCAUCUUAUAUUCUGGGAUGGGAAGCAAUGAUUAUCUGAACAACUAUUUUAUGCCUGAUUUCUAUUCAAGUAGUUCGGUUUACACUCCUAAAGCUUAUGCUGCUCUUCUUCUUCAGGAAUACUCGCGCCAGCUAACUCAAUUAUAUACACUAGGAGCACGCAAGGUGAUUGUAAGUGGAGUUGGCCAAAUUGGUUGCAUACCAUACCAGCUCGCGCGAUAUCAAGGAAACAGCAGCCGCUGCAGUGAAAAGAUCAACGUGGCAAUCUCUAUUUUCAACUCAGAGCUCCAGAAACUUGUUGACCGUUUCAAUGGAGGCGUGUUGCCCGGAGCAAAGUUUGUGUACCUCGACUCCUAUAAGAGCACCGGCGAUCUUUUUCUAAACGGAACCAAUUACGGAUUUGAAGUGAUAGACAAGGGAUGCUGUGGAGUGGGGAAGAACAACGGGCAAAUUACAUGUCUUCCUCUUCAACAACCAUGCGAGGAUCGUAGAAAGUACUUGUUCUGGGAUGCCUUUCAUCCCACCGAGGUGGCCAACAUCAUAUUUGCCAAGAGUUCAUACAGUUCACAAACACAGUCCUAUGCAUAUCCAAUUAAUAUACAACAAUUGGCAAUGCUCUAGUACUUUUUAACCAUCUUAUAUAUAUAUAUAUAUAU